GGUGGGGCAUCAAGUGAGAGAGAGAGAGAGAGAGAGAGAGAGUGAGAGAGAGAGAAGGAGAGAGAGAGAGUGACGGACAGAGAGAGAAAGAUUUCUACUAUUUGAAGAACAAUCUAAGAAUACAGCAGGAAUCAAAAUACGUUCUUCAUCACAGAUGGAAGGACAUCAGAUUCCAAGUUCCCCAAAUCCACAGGCUCCGUACAGUCUUCCCCCGAACCACACAUACAAUAACAACAUCAAAGCUAAUGGAGUGCUAAACGGUCAUUCUGAUAAGGCACUCCUGAAGGCACAGCAGGAGGUGGACAUGUUAAAUCACUGUUUUGAGGAGAUUGAGAUGUUCAUGGUGAAACUGCAGCAGGCAGCUGAAGCUCAGAUCAUCCUGGAACAGAGGAACAAUAAGAAGAAAAAGAGUAGAAAGAAGGAGGAUGACCUGCUUAGUGCUAAAGCUAAAAUUCCUCAUGAAGCCGAGUUCAUCCAGAUCUUUCAGAAAUUCAAAUACAGUUUCUGCCUUCUGGCGAGGUUAAAAUCAGCCAUUGCUAACCCGACAUCAGAUGAACUCCUUCACCACGUCUUCAAACCACUGGACAUGGUUGUGAAGGCAAACAGAAGUCCAGCAUUAGCAGCAUCAGUGAGAAGUCCUGCGUUAACAGUUGGUGCAGUAACGCUACUCAAAGAGAACCUAACACCACAAGAACACACACUCUGGAGCUCCCUGGGACCCUACUGGACACAAUCAGGAUUAGCAUUAGGUGUUUCCGGAUCUUCGUACACUCCUGUGUUUCUGAAUGGUUGGAAAACACCUGGGGCAGAACUGGAGGGCUGGAUCGAUCCAAUCCAAGCAGAACACAGCAAAGAUGAAGAGGAAGAAAAGUUAGCGUUACAGAGCUCUGCCCAGCCCCCUGCUCCUCUGAUUCCUGACCAGAACAUGCACACAGAAGUUGACGGUGUUCCACAGAAGGAGAGACUGUACAGCUGCAGCUAUGACUUUGUGGCUCGGAACAGCAGUGAGCUCUCAGUCCUACAGGGAGAGACGCUGGAGGUGAUUGAGUCAUCUAAGCGAUGGUGGAAAUGUCGGAACAGGUUUAAUGAAGUUGGUUUUGUCCCCUUUAAUAUUCUGGAGCCUGUUUCUCACAUAGAGAGCCUGGAGCCCAAAAAACCACCAAAGGCUCCAGCACUACCUCUGAUGCAGAAGACAAGCACUCUGCCUCUGCCAUCUUCCCUUGGCAUGACCUCUGACCUCAGCACCUCACGACCACGCAGCAUUGCCUUGCCACCUCAACACCUGCCUGAGGAUACAGAGAAAGUGAUGCAGGUUAACGAUGAACUUCUGCAGAGACUGACCAGUGGGAAAGCAGGAUUGUCUCGUCCACUGCACAUCCAUCGCUCUACUGAUACCUCACUUCCUCUGGACUAUAACUCACCUCCUGCAGAGGUUGAGGCCUGGCUACGUGGGAAAGGCUUCAGUGAGCAGACUGUACAGUGUCUUCGUGUGUUAACAGGAGCUCAGCUCUUCUCUCUAAAUAAAGAAGAGCUUCGUGCUGUCAUUCCUGAAGAAGGAGCGAGAGUAUACAGCCAAGUUGCUGUACAGAAAGCAUUGCUGGAGGAUGUCAGGAAGGCAACGGAGCUGGAGACAGUCAUGGAGAAGCAGAAGAUGAAAAUGGAUUUUACGGCAGAGAGCGGAACUCUCUAACAUAUGUGUCACACCCCAACUGACCCCCCCACACACACACACAGACACACACAUUAAAAACACAGAUGUAAAUUAUAUAAACACUAUGGUGUACAUGUUGUGGUUUAACAUAAGAAAAAACAUCACAUUAAUUUAAUGCUUUUAUGUACACACACACACACAGUCAAUAUAAUUCAUUACCUGCUCCUCACAUGCAUACUCAAAUCCUAUGCCAUUAUAAGAUAUAAGAUGUAAUUGCCUAAAGUAUAACUGUCUAAAUAUGAAUGUUCACUUAUGACUGUACAUUACUAAAUUAUAAUAAUGUG